CUUUUUAUCCUUUAUGCGCUUUUUUAAAAUUUUGUUGAAUGCUAACAUCUUCUUUGGAUUUAGUUUCUGAUUUUCUUUUUUUACUAUUUUGAAAUAUAUUUUUUCUUUCAGUUGCUUCUUUUUACACAAAUACGGUAAAAGAAUCAUUAGACGUUGAUAAUUUAACUUUCAUAUUUAAAAUAAAAUAGAAAUUUAAUAACUAAAAAGUAAAGUAUUAAUAUAAUAGAAAAUGCAAAAUGCGUCAUUUUUAACCCACAUUGCCCAAUAUAUCCGCAUCUGUCAAAUCACGUUGUUGUAAUCAAACAUGGCCGACGAAAUCAAUAGAGAACUGUCAACUCGUGCAAGUUUUAACCUCGAGAGUUGACAAAAACGUAUUUUUAAUAUUUCCAAUAUUGACAAGACUUUAGAAAAAUAUUUUCUGUCCCCUAUCAAUAUAGUUUUAGAGUGUUAAUCGAAUUUUUUAAAAGUUAACGCGAGUGAAAUCGAAAUGGAAUUUUAACCUAUAGUUGACGUAAAAAUCUAACCUUUUUUUUAGAAGGGGAAAAAAAAGACAAACAAUCAAGAAAAGUUUUUAUUUUCACCAUUUCCACAAUGUUUGUGUUAUCAAGAAAUUAUUUUACAUUUUAAAGAAAAAAUUUUAUUAACAAUGACACCAAUGGAGAUUUAUUGACAAAUUCAAUAAUUAUGUUAAUCGAUCGAAAAUUUUGGAAGGAAAAUAAAAAUUCUAAUAUUAGACGAUAAAGGAGAGAAAAAAAAGAGUUUUUUCGAAAUUUCUCUUUUUUUUUCUUAAAUUGACUUAUUCAAUUUUUGAUGCUGUCCUAAUAUGGACAUUUUUACAACUAUUUUUAUAUCGUGUGUUACAUUCCUUUGCGGAAUAGGAUGUACUCUUUUGUUCGAAUUUUAUAUAUUCAAAAGAUAUUUGGAAUCGGCUCCAGUGGCGAGUCCACCAAAAAAGCCAGUGCCACAUGGAAAAGCGGCAUUACCUGAGGAAUUAUUGGCGAAAAUGAAGGAGGAAAAAACUGGCAGUCCAAUGAGACAGAAUUUUAAUCAGGGCAAUGAAAAUUUGGCUAUUAAUUUGACAUUACAAUUUUUAUUCAAUGAAUUGAGAAAUGCUGAACGCGUUCGUCUUUGGCUUUAUCGAAAACUUAAUAAUGAAUUUAAAGAAUUAUUGAAUCAGACAACAACUGGUCGAUUAUUCGACAGUGUUCAGUUGCGAGAUUUACACUUGGGAAAUAAGUUUCCGAUGAUAAAGGGCCUGGAAGUUGCGGAUGCGAAAAUUUGCCCGGACACUGGACUUUUGGAGACUCUCGAUCUCUCUCUGGAUUUACAUUACUCAGGAAAUUUUCAAUUAUCCAUAGAUGUUAAAAUGCUGUUAGGAAAAACUGCCUACAUGGCACUUCAAGUGAAACGCGUGACCGGAAAGGCAAGACUCCAGUUUACUCGUGUUCCAUAUACACAUUGGUCAUUGAGUUUCUAUACGGAUCCAAUUUUGGAAUUGGAUGUUCAAUCACAAUUUCAGGGACGACAAUUGCAGCCGCAAAUAAUUUCGUUGAUUACUGGACAAAUUAGACGGGCAGUCCGUCGAAAACACACUCUACCUCGUUACAAGAUGCGAUAUAAACCAUUUUUCCGUAGACUCAACGACGAAAGUAUCGACUUAUCAGAGGUGGCGAGCACUCAAUUAACACCCGGAUAUUUGGAAGUGAUUCUCCUGGAAGUGAGCCGUUUGAAUUUGGAACCAGGAGCAAUUCCAUCGGAAAAUGAAAUUCAUUGUACAAUGAGCAUUGAUUCAACGCCCUGGGUUUGUUUAACGCAAUACAGCGGUGUUCCCUACAUGGUUCUCGAUUUAAUUAUCAGUAAAAUGAGUUCCCAGCAACUUGGCGUUGUCUUCAAGCAGGAGAAUGUCCCUGAAAUUGGGCAAAAUUGCGUUCUCGUCGAGACAAUUGUUGCCGGUAGUCCGGCAUUUAUUGGCGAGAUGAAGAGGGGCGAUAUUCUCGUUGCCGUGAAUGGUAAACGUGUUUCAAAUAUGAAUCAAGUGGCAAAAUUAGUGAAAAGUGCAACGCAAAGACGUUUUAUAAUACGUGUUGAGAGGAGAUAUUUAAAUUCAAUAAAAUCUGAUUACGAACGUAUUUCACUUGAUCGUAAAUCGUCGAAAAGUGAUUCGGGCAUUAGUCGCGGUGAAUUUAUUAAUUAUGAUGAUAGUGGAAAAUUGAAAAUUGAAAAUCAAAUUAAAUUCUCCGAACUUAAGGAACCUGAUCAAGAGACAUUGGAUAAGAAUGAAUUGAUGAGUAAAUUGUUUAAGAGAAGGAAGAGUAGUGCGCAUAAUUCAAUGAUUGAGGAUAUUUUUCAAGCGCCUGAAACACCAUCGAGAAGAAUUUCCACUGUGUCAAAUUUAUCGACUGGUUCAAGUACAAUACAAUCGUUUGUCGAUGAGUGUAUUCCAAAUUUGGCGGAUUUCUAUCAUACGACAAAGGAGAAGGAAUUUGCGUCUGUGAUUACAUUUGAGGAGACAAGAAGUUUUCAGAUUGAUUCCGAGCAAUUGUAUUUAAAUAUUGGCGUGUGGUCGCGAUCAAAAGUUGGCGAUUCAUCGGCAAAAUUAUUGGGAUAUAUUAAUGCGCCGAUUAAAUUAAUUUUGGCGCAAUGUUCCACGUCGUCAACUGGACAUUAUAUCAAGUGGCACGCACUUUUACCGCCAGAUUCCGCAACUGCUACAAAUACGGUGUACUCGAAGCUUCAAGGAUAUUCGGGAUUUGAUCCAACGCUGUGUUAUGGAGAUAUUUUAUUGUCAUAUGGUUGGAUGUCGACAAAUUCACAGAAACAAUCCACUGACGAUAGUAUAAAGAAAGGAUCCGGGGAGAUGGCCAAAUCGCAAGCAGUUGCCAAUGAAGAGCAUGUAAUUAAGAAGCAUGAUUUUAUCCGAACACAUUUUCAUCGCGCCACUCAUUGUGAUUUUUGUACAAAAAAGAUUUGGUUAAAGGACGCGGUUCAAUGCCGCGAUUGCGGUUUAGUGUGUCACAAAAAGUGUGAGUCCCGUUGUCUUGCGGCAGGACCAUGCGGUGCUGAAAGUCUCGCGGCAUUUGAAGCUGACGAAAGUGAAACGAACAUCAUUAGCGGAGAGACGGGACCAGAAAUAUCUCUUACAGGUUGCGAAGAAAAUGUUCAGGCGCCUAUGAUGGCUAUGAAGGCCAGCAUAGCAAACACACUGUUGGGCUUAAAGAAGGCCGGGAGUACUAGUUGUUUGGCCCCACCGAGCGCUGGUACUGGUUUGGCAUCUAGAAGUCUUCCCCAAAGUCCCUGCGCAUCCCGCAAGAAUUCACUCGCCGGUGGAUUGGGAAUAAAUCCUGAACUAUUAGAAGGUGCUGAGCCAAGUGUCGCUUCAUCAUUAAUCGCUGGGGAUUUAGAUGAUGGACUAAUGACAAAAGCCAAAGAUACUGGACAGUAUCUCUACAAAUAUCUCGAGCCACAGGAACGAAUCAAUAAAAUCAAUUCUAUGAUAACGAAACUGAAGACUGCACUUGACGUGGAAACUACCUCAAGAGUUGAAUUAUCACAAAAUUGCGAAUCGGAUUCAAUCAAGUUGAUUGGUCAAAGUGAUUUAAGAGUUCAAGCAUUAAGUGUUUUAUUGUUACACUAUUGCACAGGUUUACAGCACGCGCAAGAAGCUUUUGAUCGGCCUAAAAUUGACAAAAAUUUGUAAAUGGAAAUUGAAUUAUUAUUUUUUUUCUAGGUGUAAUAAUUGCCUGCAAAAGCUCUCUUGUAAUUACGUAAGUCAAUUUCCAAUUUCAAGGAACACUUAAUGUUAUCCAAAAAAAAAAUAUAUCAAACUAGGAGCACAUUUCUCUAUAUUCUAUCAAAGCAAACUUGAUUCAUUACGUUAUAGAGCUCGUGCCUAUUAUAAUAAUUCAAACUAUAUAAUGAAAAUCGUCAAUAUUAAUAAUCAAAUUGUCCUGAUUUGAUUUUUAUUUUCAUUUUUUUCUUUCGUGUAUCAAUUUUUUUUUUUUAGAAUUUUU